AUGGUCUGCACCAAGUGCCAGAAACUGUCCAAGACGACGCUGGCCACUCCCGAUGUCAAGAAGAAGAGUGAAAUGUACUACGGCUCCCCCGCAGCAUCCUCUUCAAAGCCAAGGUCGACCACUAUUGGACAAAGCGGUGUCAGCAAACUUUUGUCAAAAACUGCCAAGAAUCCUUACGCCCAGUACUCAAGCUCGUGCACAAAAUGCAAGGCAACGGUGUCACAGGGUCACAGUCUUUGCCAGACAUGCGCGUAUAAAAAUGACUCCUGUGCUAUGUGUGGGAAGCCAAAUAAGAAAAAGAAGGCUGAUGCCGCUCCAUCGGUCACAGGCCAGAAGUUCACUCUGAAGUGA